AUGGGCGACCGCGAUUCAUACCGAGAGCAUUUUUUCAAUCACAACUGGAAGACUUUAAGGGCGUUUCCUACGCAUCGCCAGUACCCGGUCACCAUCGUCAACAAAACCGGCGAUGGUGCGGCACUGCCCAAGGACUUUAAAUUUAUCACACAGUCGAUCUUGACGCAGGGUGUACGUGCGGCCGAGGUGAGCUUCCGCAGCGGGUGCAGCUGCACGGAUGCGCGAGCGUGCCGUUACGACGGCUGUGAAUGUCUGUCGGACAUGCUCUGGGAAGAAGAGCCGACAAGCGACGAUGGUGACAGCGAAACAGAAACAAGGGCCAGCGGUAACAAGGUUGGCCGGCCUGCCAAGUCCGUAGGAGGAAAGCAGCAGCGUGUCAAGUUUGCCUACCACAGCCAGGGCGACAAGGCAGGACUCCUGCGCAGCCGCUACCUCGACAGCCGGGAGCCCAUCUACGAGUGCCACGAAGGGUGUGCGUGUGCGGCGAGCACGAGCACAGAGGCGGGCGGUAUUGGGGCAGACGUGUCGGACGACACGACCUGUGCCAACCGUGUCGUCGAGCGCGGCCGCCGCGUCCCGCUCCAAAUUUUCCGCACCGAAGACCGUGGCUGGGGCGUCCGUACGCUCGUCGACCUUCGAAAGGGCCAGUUUGUCGACCGCUACCUCGGUGAGAUCUUGACAGCGCGGGAGGCCAACCUCCGUCGCUCGGCAGCUACAAUGGCCCGCCGCAAAGACGUGUAUUUGUUCGCCCUCGACAAGUUUUCGGACGCCAACUCGCUCGACAGCCGCCUGGCCGGUCCGCCGCUCGAAUGCGACGGCGAGUUCCGUGCAGGCCCGACACGCUUCAUCAACCACUCGUGCAGCCCCAACCUGCGCAUCUUUGCACGCGUCGGCGACCACGCGGACAAGCACAUCCACGACCUGGCAUUUUUUGCGGUGAGCGACAUUGCUGCUGGAGACGAGCUGACAUUUGACUACGUCGACGGCAUCGUGGAUCUGGCGUCGGACGCGCGGCACCACGUUGCCGGCAUGACACCGUGUCUGUGCAAGAGUCCCAACUGCCGUAAAUUUCUGUGGUAA